AUUACUACCUCAUGCCUUAUUUAUCUGUUACGAAUCUUUCUCUCUGUUUUUCCCAUAUUAGUAAUUACACUGCCAUAACGCUGCAUGAAGAAUGUAUUCGGUAUAAGCAUUAAAUAUCGGUACAUGUGCGUGACUUUUCUUUUUAACUUGUUCUAAUGGCAAUUAGUUAAUGCACAGUAUUGAAAAGACUUCGUGCCUGGCAUUACUCUAUCAUACUGCGAUGAAAGUACGUUUAUUCAUUAUUUUAUGUUUUUCGUAUCCCUGUUUUCCACAGCCUAACUGCGCAGCGUAGGCACUGAAAAUAUCUUCCAUGCGCACUACUGAAAUAGCCAGCAUGAUUCGGCAAAAUCGGUAGCGUGAUAUUGCUGCCAACUUGAACUUUACGAAUCCAGGAGUUAUAAUUUACUGCUGCGUAGGCUGCCGUAGUAGGGCUCUCGGGGAAAUUACUAUUUUCACAAUCGUCAAAGGUAGCCUGGUGCUGUGACGUUAAUGAUCAUGCCGGGCCGUUGCCAACCAGCCGGUAAUUAUAUCUGGCGGGAAGUAUGGAUGCACUACACAGGAGUACGCGGAAAUGAAUAGACGCGGUAUCAUUCGAUCUUCCUCGAUAAUUAAUAAUCUAUGGCUUCCUCGCUGGAGUUGAUAAUUUAUUGGCGAUGCAUCCCUUAUUCCCUUUCAUAAGGAAACCCUUGCGGCGCAAACACGCUGAUACCCUCGUGAUCUUCACGCUUCUUUGAUGAGAUACACUAUCGUCAUGUGCAGUUAUCACCACUAAUUUAAUUCUUUGCUUUAACCGCUUAUGACGCACUUGACCAUCGUCAAUACAGCCGACGACCAGAAAACGCAUUCUAUCUUUGCAAUUAAUAACAGCUACAUCAUCCUGAUUCUGCCUCUCCGCGCAACACGUUUUAAAUUCACGUUGAUUUACGUUUUGGAGAGUCAUUCUGAGAAAAGAUAGCAAACAUGUGGAACCAGUCCAACACCACCUUGCACCGUUCCAACGCUUCUUCAUCAGCCGUGACCGUGCAACUGACAAUCUGGUUCACGGCACAGCUGGGUCUGAGCCUCGGCGGCUCAGCGCUGUUCAUGCUACUCCUGCUGGUCAUGUACCGAUUAAAUAAACUCCAAACCGGAUCCGGUCUGUUAAUCGCUCACUCACUGGUGAUCGAGCUGGUUUACUGUCUGCUGAUGAGUCCCAUCACGACGAUCCAGGCGUUCUGCCAGUAUUUCCAGGUGCCGUUUUAUUACAACUGCCGGUGGAUCGGGUUCUUCUUAAUCCUGAUUUUAUAUACGGAGCACUGGUCCGGCGUGAUGCUGGCGUUGAACCGCUUCAUUGCUGUCUUGUUACCUCAUGCCUAUAAAAAGGUCUCGUCCAAGAAAGGAUCGGCCGUCGCCAUGGGUUUUGCGUGGACGAUGUCCUUCUUCUUGAAUCUGACCACAUUGCAGUUUAUUCCGGGACUGCAGUACACCCGGCAGUCGGCAACGUCCUGUCGGUGGGUGGGUGGAGAUGGUGUGGCCUUUCGGAUUGUCGGACUGCUUGGAACGUACAUCCCGAUUAUUAUCCAGACAACGUGCUAUGGUUCACUGUUUCUAAUUUUUCAAGUAAAGAAGUUCAGGGAAACCCCGAGCGCCAACGGUGGGGAGAGACCGUGCGCAUCGGUCCAGAAGCGACUGGCAAUGACCAAAGCGUUGUGUUUCUCGUUUCUAUGGUACUGUGCCUGCAUUCUACCGCCGGCGAUCAUGACACAGAUUGAUACGGGCGCUUGGAAGCAGAAUCUGGCGCUGCUGCAGUAUUCCCGGACGUCGCAGCUGCUGGGCUAUGCUAUAAGCCCGGUGUUUUUCUUUGCCGUCAACGACAAUUACCGCAGCGCUCUCAAGCAAGAAUUUCAAAGACUAUCUGACAGCAACAUAGCCGGAAGGAACUGCAAUAUGAAAAUAAGCCAUCUCGAUACUACCCCAUUGCAAGCGUGUACCAGUAACACAGCAUAGAGCGCAGAGCCGAGUGCUGAUUUAACUUAUUGUUAUGUAUAGCCGGAAAAUCGUUUCCAUUGUUUUCCUAAUUCAUUCCGAUGAAUAUGAUAACAAUAGGGCGCAUCUGUAUUCAGUAUUAAUAUGAUAAUAUCUCCGUCUUGACUACCUAGUACGCACAGUUU